CUGCGAGGAGCGUCCUGAGAUAACCGGGUCAAGACAGACGCAUUCUCUCGCUAACGUUUCUUAUAACUUUUCCGCUGUUUUCCCGAGCAGUAUUGAUGCAAUCGUAAAAUGGAUUCCAUUCGUCGAUUCUGUAUCGCUUUAGAUGACAAUCGAGAUGUAUUUAGUGCUGGGGAUGUGGUCGCUGGUCGCGUUAUUCUGGAACUAAAUCGAGGUAUCCCGUGCAUUAAAGGCAUGCACAUACGAUUUCUUGGCUUGGUACACGUAACGUGGGCCGAAGAUUUCAAUAAAAACGCGCCAGUUGCUCCUGGGACAAGUUUCAACGCCAAAGAAGUAUACUUUGACCAGAUCGUAACGUUUCUCAAGAACGAUAGGGAACGACAAGAAGACUGGAAUUUACAAUCGGGAGUUCAUCGAUUCCCAUUUAGGUUACAGAUCCCUGAUCGGAAUCUUCCAAUGUCAUUUGAGGGGAAGUACGGAUGUGUUCGAUAUUCCCUCAAAUGUACAAUUGAAAGAUCCUCUGGUAAAAAUGUAUAUUCUAAGAGGGCGCUAACAGUAAUAGGCAAACACAUGGAUCCCAAUAGAGUACCUAAUGCAAAGGCACCAAUUGUAGCACAGACCGAAAUGUCAGGAGGAUGCCUUCUAUGCAUAUCCAGACCAACUACAAUGCUGGUGAGGGUACAGAGGAAGGGAUACGCCCCGGGCAAUGCUAUACCAUUAAAAGUCAGCAUUAACAAUAAUAGUAACCGUCGCGUACACGAGGUACACGCUACACUGAUGCAGGACGUGAAAUAUACAGCGUUUGGUGUGAGGUGUGGGAAGACUAUGAAUGUCUGUCGUAGUAAAGAAAUUAUUGCAACACAGUCGCACACAGAGGGAUGUCAACCACAUAGUAAAGUGACUUGGAAUGCCAAUCUUGAAAUUCCACCAGUUCCGCCCAGUGGACUUGAAGGUUGUGAUUUAAUAGAUACACAGUAUUAUCUCAAGAUCGAGGCUGAAGUAUCACAUGCCAAACAUAAUUUACUAAUAGAAGUACCAGUGGUUAUUGGUAGUAAACAAUUACGUCAUCUGGAAGACUCGUCCACCUUUACGGAUUUAUCACCAUUGGCCAAAUUUCCCUCGGAAGAAUCUCUUCAUGAUGAAAUUAUGCCUCCUCCAUCAUACCGAGAAGUCUACUGCGGUAAGGUGUCGAUUUUAGACGAGGCAGAUGAUGAAGACACAUUCGGUGAUUUGCGUUUUGCUCCGAAAUAUGCAUAUUAUAUGCCUGAUUAAAUAUCUGAUUUUUGAUUUGAGCUCACAUUGUAGUGGAUGAUCGUACUAGCUUGUAUCAAGCAGGCGCACAGUAGAAUGAUCCAAAAGAAUCCCAGGGCACGUUUCAAAACGAUUUCAAUUUCAGUGUGGCAGAGAAGCGAAACUAUAAUAAUAACAGUUCGGGUGUAACAUAAAUGUUAUAAGGCAGUUGUCAUUUAACUGUGUGACGUUAUUUAUAUUGUUUUUAAACAAUUCAACAUGGAAGAUUAGUUACUAUUCACUCACAAUUUUGAACUGCCCGUGCAUGUGUACCUCCUUCUAUGUGAUUGUUAUGUGUGUGUGUCUCCUGUGUACGUCUGUGUGUACUUCCGCACGUGUAAAGUUCCCGUAUCAUGUGUGUGUCACGUGUAGACACGUAAUUCAUCCAGUAUAGGCAUGCAUUCUCACGUGUACGUGUACAUUCUCAUGUAUUUGCAUGCUUCAUAUUCGUAUUUCAAGUGCAUGUGUGCCUUCUAACGUUUACGUGUGACCUCACAUGUGUAUGCAUGCAUUCUGUAUAAACGUCUAUUUUCUGUCUACUAAGUAUGCAUGCCUCCCAUGCAAGCCGGCCUCCUCUGUAUGCGUCUUCUGUGUAGGCGUAUCUUCUUCUUUACUCUUAUGACGGCGUGUUUACUAUUGUGUACUUCAAUCGACUUCUCCUGUUUACACGUAGAUGUGGGUCCAUAGCUCUACGUAAUCCAUGAGAUUUGGGCCUUUUCAAUUUUUCUUGCUCCUGUGCCAACAAAGUCGUGAAAAAAAGUGGUAAAAAGUCUCAAAUCUCUCAUAAUACUAACAGCUACCCCUGUGUGGGCAUUUAUCUACUUGUUUAUGUCCAGUCUAUGCACAAAUGACCUAAUGACAUCUUGGAACAUCGACAUUGUUAUAAAUAUACUUCGCUCCCUCUUGACAAAAUCGUAAAAUCGUCUUCCAAUUAACCGGUUGAUGGACGCCAUUAAUUUGAUCCGCUGUUUUGACUGUUGAGUAACUCCCUGUGGGGAGAUUACGUAUGCAAAGACGUCACCGAAUGAGAAGUAUUCACUGAGAACUACGUUUAACUUUUCAUAUUACAUUUUGACUGUUGAGUAACUCCCUGUGGGGAGAUUACGUAUGUAAAGACGUCACCGAAUGAGAAGUAUUCACUGAGAACUACGUUUAACUUUUCAUAACACAUAUUUCAAGUCGGUUGAUUAUAAAAAUACGAAAUAGUUUUAAAAGACGACAUUUCAUGUGUGUAUAAUUUAGCAAUUGUGUAGUUAUUUUUUUUUACAGUACGACUCGUUUGUUUUUAGUGCGGAGUUAUGGGUUAAUAUGACGUCACCAGGACACCGCCACGGAAAUUUUGACCGGGCUUCUAAAUGACCGUCAAUACCAAGUCAGUGACGUCGGAAAUAUCAGUUAACAGUUGGCACUAUAUAAAAUAAUCACUGGCACGGGGAAUUUAACACGAUAUGACGAUAACAACGCACACAUUCCUUUCCUCACGUACAAGAUGUAGACUAGUUUAUCUAGCGAAUUUAUCGAGAUGGCAGGUUGUUAAACAGAUUAUCAUACUGUACAGGGAAGGUGGUUGAAUUAACCGUUCAUUGAGUCAUUUAGUCGGUUAUGCACAUGUAAUUCUUGCGGGGAAUUCGAUUUCAACUGUGUGUGGUUUUGUUAUUAUAUAUUUCAGUAAAUAUUAAUAUGGGAGUUGGAAUAUGCACUAUUUUAUUUUGAAGGGAUUUAAUAAAUUACAUGAUUGUGGUAAAACCAUAA